ACCUAAUUUAUGUAACUUGGUCCAAAUUGGGACACCAACCUAUUGUAACCAAAGCCCUACCGUAAGCAUACAUUGUAAUACACACAAUCAAAACGUGCUAAACAAACUCGAAUUUAAUUAAUUAUCCAGAUCGACCCAAAUCAACGGACACAAAGAGCCGUACGUCUCCAAGACCAAGAGCAAAAGCGGUAGAGAUCAUUCUCUCUUCAUAUACAUACAUAACAAAAAGCAUCACAAAAGGAUCACACCACCAUUUCUCGUCACUAAAAACCUCGAGAACAAAAAGAGAUCACUCUAUGACUUGUCUCGUCGCCAUAACGAUCAUCCACAGAGCGAUCUUCGCGGCGGUCGUCCUGCAGGCGACCAUACUGAAACUUCAUCACCAUUUCACUGCGGCGAGAUACCACGAGGCGACCAUCCACGUCACCAACAGGAUGAGCGGCAACAUGGCGCUGAUAGUGCACUGCCGGUCCAAAGACGACGACCUCGGGGCUCGCGCCGUGGAAGCCGGCGCCAGCUUCGGCUUCAGUUUCGGGCAGAACGUCGUCGGAGAUGGGACGGUGUUCUGGUGCAAGGCCGCGUUCCGGGACCGGCGGCUGUCCUUCACGGCGUUCGACGAGGACGAUCACAUCACGUACGUCAAGGAGUUCGAGGUGUCGGACGGCGGAGUGGAUGGUGACGACACUUACAGUGGGAAUCGACUUCAUAUUUGUGGUUGGAACUGAUGCGAUGUAAAAUCGACUUCAUAUUAGUUACGUUUGUUAGUGUUGUGGUAUAUGAUCUAUGAUUGAAUAUUUUCCAACAACUCGAGUUAUUGGGACUAACUGGUUCAUGACAUAGUAUCAGAGCCUUCUGUGACUGAGAGGUCUUGUGUUCGAUUCCCGAUGACCCCCAUUUGUUAAGCACAUGGUAUUCUUGUCUUCAGACCUAUGCAAAAUUCAAACUCUUGUGAGUGGUUUUCGUUUAAGGGGGCGUAUUAGUGUUGUGGUAUAUGAUCUACGAUUAAAGUCUCUCUCAAAUCGGCGAUGGAGGGACAAAACGGAAGGGGAAAGCAUAAUAGAAUGGGAGAGGUGGCUGUAGAAACUAGAAACCCUUCCUUCCAAUUCCUUUGCUUGGACCAAUAAGAGGGGAAAAGGCUU